GCCAGCUAGACGAAGCAACAGUCCCUUUGAGGUAGUACAGAGGGGGGCCCCGCCCACUGAAAACGAAGGAAGGGCCACCGAUUUUCCUGCUGCUAGCCAAUGGCGCCCUUUGGAUCGGCUAGAUCGCAGAGAAAUUUCCCAAGCUCACUGCAGGUAAUUCGCUACUUUCUGCAGAAGCAUGGAGCUCACCGAUCCUUACCGACAUAUGUACUUGACAGAUCUACAGACUCUCUUUUCCUACUUUACUCUAUUUACUGUUCCUUUGCCUUAUCCCAAUGGUCAUUAUUAUCUUAUUUUCUUAUUUUCUGCGAUUUACUGCCUGACUUCUCCUGCGGUCCCACUUCUCAAUUUCAAAAGUACAAGCAUCGUGUCUCAAUGCAUGCAGCAGAGAUCAGAGAUCCGCCCCAACCAAUACCCUCUAAACCCCAAAGUAUAGGCAAUGUUACCAUAGAUAGUACGAUGGUCGUGAAAUGGUCGAAAGACAAAGCGAAGCAAGUGGGAGCCACCUGACAAUCAAGGACGCGGCAAUCCGGACUAGCUCGGCCACCAAUAGUUUCAGAAUUUAGUGGCCUGGUCACCAUGAUGCAAGCUUCGGAGACUCUGUUAUAUCCCACCAAUCCAGCCUGUACGCCCGUCUCUAAUAGUAGUUGGCUUCCGCCUGCAGCACCCCCGAGUUCAUGCUGGGUUACCCUAGCAUUUGAGCUU